AUGGCUGGCCCCGUCCCUACCGCGACCUCCCUCGCCGACAUCUACACCGAGGAUGCUCUCCCCAUCCAGACGAAGCGCUGGAACGCGCUGAUCGACCAGUUCAAGGUCCAGUACGGCCAUGCCGCCACCUUCGUCGCCCGCUCCCCGGGUCGCGUCAACAUCAUCGGCGAGCACAUCGACUACUCGCUCUACUCCGUCCUCCCCAUGGCCAUCACCGCCGACGCCAUCCUCGCCGUCUCCGUCGAUGAGACCCCCUCCGACUCCAAAACCUUCAAGCUCCAAGUCGCCAACCUUCAGGGCGACAAGUUCCCCGCGCGCACCUUCGAGGUCGACAUCAACGGCGACGUGACCAUCGACGCCAAGGUCCACGAGUGGUCCAACUACUUCAAGAGUGGUCUCCGCGGCGCUCUUGAGCUGCUGCGUCGCAAGCGCGGCCCCGGCUUCAGACCCCAGGGCAUGAAAGUCCUCAUGGACGGUUCAGUUCCUAUCGGUGGUGGCCUCAGCUCCAGCGCCGCCUUCACCAGUGUCUCUGCCCUAGCUGUCAUGCGCGCCAACGGCGAGGAGACGAUCGACAAGACGGAACUUACUGAGCUCGCCAUCGUCAGUGAGCGCGCCGUGGGUGUCAACUCCGGAGGCAUGGACCAGUCCGCCUCCGUGUUCUCUCAGCGCGGUUCCGCCCUCUUCGUCUCUUUCACACCCUCCCUGACUGCUCGCCCCGUCUUCUUCCCGACAACGAACCCCGAGCUGUGCUUCGUCAUCGCGCAGUCCUUCGUCACCUCCAACAAGCAGGUCACCGGCCCCAUUCAUUACAACCUUCGCGUCGUCGAGUGCAGCAUGGCCGGUGCCUUCCUCAACGCCGCCCUCAACCCUGCGGGCACCAAGCUUCCCAAGGACGCCUCGCCCCUGGGCAUCUCUAUCCACGGUUUCCACGACGCCUACUUUGCUACCCACGAUCAGCCCCAGUCCGAGGGCGCUUCGUCCGAAGAGGCCGCCGAGGCCCAGCUGCAGGUUCUCAUCGACGUCACCAAGAAGACGCUCACCAGCGAGGAGGGCUACACCCGCGAGGAAAUCGCCAAGGUUUUGGGUAUCUCCGUUCAGGAGCUCGAGCAGAUCUUCAUGUCUAAGCUGUCGGUGCGCGCCGAGCGCUUCAAGCUGCGCCAGCGUGCGCUCCAUGUCUUCGAGGAGGCCCUGCGCGUGCUCAAGUUCAUGAAGGUGCUCGAGAAGGAGGCCCCCACCGACUCUGCCGAUACGACGGCCUACAACAAGCGCCUCGGCGACCUGCUCAACGAGACCCAGGUUUCCUGCCGAGACCUGUACGAGUGCAGUGCCCCCGAGAUCGACGACCUCUGCCGGAUUGCCGUCGAGAACGGAUCCUACGGAAGCAGACUUACCGGUGCCGGCUGGGGUGGUUGCACCGUCCACAUGGUGCCUGCCGACAAGGUGGCUGCUGUCAAGGAGGCGUGGGAGAAGGGAUACUACUCCAAGCGCGAGCUUACCGAGGAGCAGAGGGAAGGUGCCGUCGUGGUCAGCAGGCCUGGCAGCGGUGCCGUGACAUACCCCCUGAAAGCAGGUGUCUUGUAA